AUGGCUAUGGUUCUUCUAUCGGGUACCAACUCGUAUGUCUCGUCAGAGAACUUCUCGAACCAUUCCCAGACCAACUACUACCAUUCCCACCCCAUGCCUUCGUCUGGAUCAUUGUCCCGAAGAUCUGGAACUUCCAGAGACUCUCUCCUUACACCUUUUGACAGACCCCCUGUUUCUCCUGAAGUAGAACACAAUCCCUUUGGUAUUGUAUUCAACACUCCAAUUGCUCCUAAACCGUUCAUACAAAAUCGAACCGAAGAAUCCAUUUUUGCAUCUCGUCCAACGUUGGAAAGAGCCUCCUACAACCAAAUUGAAGAAGCAAUAAUGCAAGGAAAGCAUCCAGCCAUAGGUUUCCAUCCUACCAGACCUGUGAACCAAACGGUGACCGUCAUUGACCAACUGUCUCUCAAUCGUAAUGGUUCCAUAGUAUCCAGAUCAGCACUCAAACACAGAAGCAGUAUCAGAAGCAGGAAUAAGAUGGUGAGAAAGAAUGAAUUGCCUCUAGGGUAUGAUUCAGACGAUAACGGCAGAAUUAAGAUCAACCGUUCAAAAUCAGUAAAGUUCAAAAAGAAAAACAAGUUCAUGAACUAUCUCUUCCCUGUAAAGAGAAGGACCUCGCUCAAGUAUUCGCCUUUGAAGUACACUUCAAAACCACUAUUCUCUGAAAGAGAACAACUUCAACAAUUCUUGGGUAACUUUACCUCUUCCGAUUUGACCAAGGAUGUGAUACCUUUACAAAUGAUGAUGUUUAGUUACAAGAAACUAUUAAAAGUAUCACCAGAACUCAAAAGAGCUAGACAACUCUUUGAAUUGGACGAACACGACAACUUCCAACAUUUUAAUGCAUAUACCAAGAAGAUCUCAGACCCAGCCACAGAACGCUCUAAAGUAACCCACAGACAUACAUAUAGCAAUAUCGACUUCAACGAGAUUGUGUACCAAAAGUACAAGAACCAUGUGUUUUCGAAAAAGUUGGCCACUGUACCUAAACUUGAGGAGGAGUUCCCUAAUGACAUACAUCUAUUAAAUAAGUUUGAAAUCGAUCAGAUCAAUAAGAAGCUUCUUCUUGAAGUAUUACUCAGAAGAACCUUAGCUGCCAAAAUUGGCUACAGGUUGCAGAAGAGUGAAUAUGUAUUCGCAACUACAUCUUCUUCUUCUACGAGUACCUCAAAUACAGACACUACUUCAAGAUUUCCAUCGUCUCAAGGAGAAAAUGAAGGUAAACCAAAGGGAUCUCAUGGUAAACACAAAAAGGAAAAAGACAAUAAAAAAGACAAGCUGAAGGACCAAGGCUCAGAUGAAAGUAGUAGUAGCAGAGAAUCGGUUGACACCGACGUCUUGAUGAGACGGAAUGCUUCAUUGUAUUCUGAGUUCCUUCCAUCUCCUCAAAUAAGCUAUUCUUCUAAUAUAUUUGGAGACUUCCAAUUCCCUUCACAAGCAGAAGGAUAUGAGCCUGUUCAAGAUAGCGAAUAUAUUCCAUCGAGUAGGUUGAUGCCACUUCCAUUGAAAGGCUCUCUGCCAAUCGGAUCUCCAGAGCUGUUGUAUGUUAACGACUUCAACAAGGCCUACCGCAACAAGUACAAGACCCGGAACAAGGUUGAUCCCGUAGAAAAUUUGUUCAGCUCCAACUUUCAGUUGAUGCCAAUUAACAGAUCCAUUGUAACAUUGUCAUCUUCCGGAAGUGACAAAUUAGUGACACCAAACCCGACUUUCAGAGACAAGAACAACAGUUCUAGUAGUAAAGAGACAUCGUCUUUGGCCAAAACCGAUAAUUCUCAACACGGAAAAAGGAAAUACACGGACUCCACGGGCCAUACGUCUUUCUUUCAUAAUAAGGAGACCUCUAGUGAAGACUCUUUGGACAAAAGUAGACAGAGCAAGCCUUCAACCAAUUCGUCAUUAAUGGUACCUUCUCUGGUGCCCAUAGUUGGAUCUUCUACCCUUGCAACCAGUGUCGCACCAGCAUCAAUAUUGCAUUCUCCUCUUGGGCAACUAUCAUCACCACCAUCCCUAGGCUACACUCAAAUAUCCCAGGCAUAUGGAGCAUCGUAUCCUCAGACUCCUGUCUCUAUAAGCAUCAUAGAAUCGUUAAACAAGAAUGGACAAGUUACCAAACAGCUGACUACUUCGCAGAUCGUCCUCCAGACUCUGCCCGAGCACGAAGUCAAUUCAUUGAAGGGUUCCAUUUCCAUUGCUGGAUCGAAUGCUGCACUUUCUACUGUUUCCAAUCCUAGCAGAUACGCUACGCUGACUAAGAGUGACAGAAGGUCCCCAUCCAAGUCAACAAACAGCAACGACAGUUUCCAUUACCGUGAGAAAUCAUCGUUGCUGGUUCUUUCUAUCGGUGCAGACAGAGGAUUUGAAGAAAAGAGUCAAAGUAAAAAAGUAAAAGAAGUAAAGAAAGAAAAGUAA